AUGCACAACCGCAACAGCGCGCCGUCGCGUCCAGCCCCGCCGCCGGCAGUGAGGGCGGGCGACCGCGUGAGCAUCGUGGCGCCCGCCGGGGCUGUGGACGCGCGACUGCUGCGACAAGGCUGCGACGUGCUGGCGUCGUGGGGUCUCGUCCCAGUCGUGCAUCCGCAAGUCGCGCUGCGCCAAGCCUACCUCGCAGGCUCGGACCGAGCCAGAGCCGCAGGUUUGGUGGAGGCGUUUCUGGACCCCACCACGCGCGCAGUGGUGUGCGCUCGGGGCGGGUAUGGCUGCGCGCGCCUGCUGCCCCUGCUGGAGCGCGCGCUUAGGGGGGAGGGGCAGGGGGAGGCGGAGGGGAAGGGGGAGGGGGAAUGGGAGCGCGGAGGUUGGGAGUGCGGGGAUGGGGAGGCGGAAUUGGAGAGAGGCGCGGAGGCAGUGUUGGGGGAAGGAGGAGCAGCGAAUGAGGGCCGGGGGGAUGAGGACGGGGGGGAUCAGGCCAAGGGAAAUGAGCGCGGGGAGAGUUGGGGCACUGGGGGUGAGGGCAAGGGGGAAGAAGGGGAAGGGAAUGAGGGCGGGGGCGAGUCAGGCGAGUGGGCGCAGAGGCUUGAAGGGCGGGCGGGGUGUGGGGGUGAGGAGGGGGGCAGCGGGGGUGAGGAGGGGGGCAGCGGGGGUGAGGUGAUGUGGGAAGGAGAGGAUGGAGUGGAGGGGCGUGCAGAUGCACGGGGGAACGUGGAGAGUGCUGGUGCAGGGGCAGCAGGAGGCGAUGGUGGGUGUAGAGGUGUGAAUAGAACAUUCGGUAGCAGUGCUGACGUGGCACGAUGCUGCAGCAGUGCUGACGUGGCACAAGGCGGCAGCAGGCGCUCGCGGCUUGUCACUCAAAUCUGCCGCAAGCGAUUCUUCGGCUUCAGUGACGUCACCGCACUGCACAGGUGGGGGGACCUGCCAGGCGGUCACACCCACCAGGCGGAGCUAGCAGCGCCGUUCAUCUCCUUCCACGCGCCCAUGCCAGCCACCUCAUUCUUCAUGCACCAAUCAGCUCUCGCCAGCAGAGCAGCCCUCCGUGCCACCCUCUUCGAACCCUCCCUGCCUCUCGCCUGCCCCCCUCUUCAGGGCCGCUGCCUCCAGAGGGGCUGGCUGGGUGGCGCUUCCUCUUGCUGCCGCUCAAAUCGAGUGCAAGGGCGGCUGCUGGGCGGCAAUCUGUCUGUUCUGGCUUCGCUCGUGGGGUCCAAAUGGGCGGCGGGGCGGCGAGGCACGUGCUGCUGCAGCAACAGCAGUGGUGGUGGGGGCGCGGGGGGCAGUGAUGGCGUGAUUCUGAUGCUGGAAGAUGUGGGAGAGGAGGAGUACCGGGUCGAUCGCAUGCUGCACCAGCUGCUGCCCUCUCUGCUGCCCUCCGCCCCUCCUCCCUGCCACGCCACAACGUGCACCCACUCGCAUCCUGCUGCCCAUGCUUCUGCCCAUGUGGCUGCAGCCCAAUCUAACGGCCAUGCUGAUCCAUGCCAAGGAUCAUGGAAGGGCAUGGAGCCUGGCCAUAGCAGCAUGGGUCCCGACCAUCACGACCAUGCUUCCAGCUGUUCCGGCAUGGGGCAUGGCACACAGGGGUACGUGACGGCCCUAUCGGGGCUGGUUCUUGGAAGCUUCUCCAACUUUCAGGGCAUGAGUGACGAGGCGCGAGAGAGUGUUCGACCAAUCGUGGCGGAGCAGUACGGAGGCGACUGGGACAAGUGGUUCUGGCUGGGACAGGUGGCGCUCCCCUAUUGGUUGCCGGUGCUGGCGGGGCUGCCCAUUGGCCACACUAGCGACAACAGAGUGGCUCCUAUUGGUGCUCUCGUGGAGCUUGAUGUUGAAACCGCAACUCUCACCGUGUGGGCGUGGUACGGGUACGACGCGGCGGUGGCGGGAUUCUACUCCGCCGCGUUGCCCAUCUUCUUCCCCCUGCUCCUCGUCGCGCUCGCCUCGGAGUUCGCGUGGCAGCACGCCGCGUCGCCGCAGCCGCCCGCGUGCAGCGCGGACGUGACGAGCGACUGCCUGCAGUGCGUGCCGGGGAAGGGCAUGCAGCUGCAGACCUCGGCGGGGUACACAGAGGCAUCCAUACCAGGCAUCCCCAUGGCAGGUGGAGGCAGCAUCAACCCGGUGUCGUUCGCGACGGCCAUGCUGGGCGUGUCUGUGCUCUUUGAGGUCGCUGCGUUUGUCACUGUUGGGCCGCUUGCUGACUUUGGCCGCGGGCGCAAACAGCUACUGCAGGUGGGCACGUACAUGGGCGGCGCCGCUUGUCUGCUGUGCCUCGUGCUCGCCUCGCCAACCCUCUGGUGGUUAUCUGCUUUGCUGCUGGUGGUCGCCAAUGUUGGCUACGGCAUCGCCACCGUUGCUUACUACAGCUACCUGGCAGUGCUGGUGGAUGCGUCCCCCGAGGUGCAACAGGCGGAGGCAGCGGGGCUGCCGGUGCAAGCGGUGGUGGAGAUGCGAGAGCAGGUGGAGAAUCGUCUCUCCCUCACAGCGGUCGCCUGUGCCAGUGCUGCCUCCAUCGCCGUCACCCUCCUCGCCCUCGCCGCCACGCUCCCCACCUCCUCGCCCGCCCUCAAGCUCCGCCUCGCAGUCGCCCUCUGCGGCGCCUGGUGGAUCCUCCUCGCGCUCCCCACCUUCGCCUUCCUCAAAGCCCGCCCCGGCCCCGCCCUCCCUCCCGGCUCGCCCCUCCGCGUCUUCUCCGGGUGGCGCCACCUCGGCGCCAUUCUGGCCGAGGCGCGGCGGUACCGCAACGCGUUUGCGUUCCUGGUGUGCUACUUUGUGUACGCGGACGGGUACACCACCAUCAUGCAGAUCGGCGUGCUGUUUGGGCAGCGCGAGCUCUGCCUCUCCACAACAGCUACUGUUCUGCUCGCCUGCUGCGUCUUCCUCUUCGCGCUCCUCGGCACGCCGCUCGCCUUCUGGCUGCAGCGCGUCUCCGGGCUGCACAAUAAAGCCAUGGUCUGCGUGCUUAUAGCGGGGAUGAUUCCCCUCCCGCUCUGGGGCCUCCUCGGGUACCUCACACCGGACGGCGGCGUGGGGUUGAAGUCAGCGUGGGAGCUGUAUGUGUUUGCGGGGUGGUUCGGCGUGCUGCUGGGGCCGCUGUCGUCGUAUUCACGCACUCUGUUCAUUGACAUGAUCCCCGUGGGCCGAGAGGGUGCCUUCUUCUCGCUCUACUCUGUCAGCGACAAGGGCUCCUCCUGGCUUGGGCCCUUCAUCGUUGCUGUCAUUGUGCAG